AUGUCAAAGUUGCUGAAAAAACUUGGAAGGAAAACCAUUAUAGUCAAUCUGGAUCCAGCGAAUGAUAAUAUUACUUAUAUUCCUGAUAUAGAUAUUCGUAACUUGAUAAAUCUAGAAAAUGUAAUGGAAAAAUUUGAACUGGGGCCCAAUGGAGCAUUGCUUUACUGUAUGGAAUAUCUGGAAAAAAACAUUGACUGGCUCUUAGAACAGUUAAGGGACGAACAUGGCACAAAUUAUAUUUUCGACUUGCCUGGCCAAGUCGAGCUAUAUAGCCAUCAUGAAUCUUUGGGUGUUAUCUUUGCAAGUUUAAGUAACUUUGCGAACAUACAACUAUGUGUUGUGCACCUUAUAGAUUCCCAUCACUGUUCAGAUGCUGCUAAAUUUAUCUCGGCAUUAAUGCUAUCUUUAAAUGCCAUGUUAAAAAUUGGUCUUCCACACAUUAAUUUGCUUACCAAAGUGGAUUUACUGAAAAAGCAUUCAGAUAAAUUGCAAUUUGGAAUUGACUUCUAUACUGAGGUCUUGGAUUUAAACUACUUAUUAGAAUGCUUGGAUACUGAUAAGUUUGUUAAUAAAUACAAAAAGUUAAAUGCUGCAUUGAUCUCUAUUAUAGAAGAUUACAGUUUGGUAUCAUUUCAACUUGUUAACAUGUAUGACGAGGGUAGUUUAAUGAAUAUCAAGAAUUCAGUUGACAGAGCAAAUGGGUAUGUUUUUAAAGCAGAAGAAGGCCGUCAUAUCAACAGUAUGUUAGCAUGUGCAAUGGGCGUAACUGAUCAAAACAAAGAUGACUUUUGA